AUGUUGGCUGGCCUUCAAAAGUACGCACAGGCUGCGACUGUGGGAGAUCUUGCGGUGGAAUUUAACGCUGCAGCUCUCAGCAUCAAGGAUGGCAUUGUAGCAGAGGCCACCCCAGACAAUGGCGUAGCUGUCAGAAUCGGCACCGAAGAGAAGAUGCCCGGCACUUACACGCUCGUCAUAUCUAAAAACGGCACCAAGUGCGACUCACCCUCGUCCAUGUGCAUUAUGCAACCGGGCCUUAUCUCAUCGUCUCUAAAAACCAUGGUGGACGGCAAGAUGGUGUUUGAGCUUGUGGAUCCAAACAAGCCCGCCGCCCAAGCACCUUCUGUCGCCAAGCUAUCUGUGGAGAAGCUUCCCUUGAUGCAAGGCUCCACCCAAGUUCUUCUCAACACAACGGACGGCCAACCCAAGGAUGUCGCAGACAUGCUCUCAGGGUCGUGGUCAAAGACACACACGGUCGCCCGCAAGGUGCUCAGCGCAACAAAAACCCUAAGCACGUCUGGGGGACUGCUGGAUUGGUUUACUAUUCCCAGCAAGACUGUCGAGGCCAGGUCGCGCAGGACCAGGAGGCCAAAGAGGCCUGCUAGGAACGUUACCUUCGACUUUCUCAACGACGACAACAAGGACGACGAGGAGAAGAACUAUGGAGUCAUGCUUCAGACAUCGUCUUUUGGAUGGGCUGCGGCUUUCCUUGCGGUGUUGGUGAUUGUAUAA